AGGAAAAGCAGCGCUGAGUUCUAUCUGAGUGUUUUAUACAACAGUAGAACCCUCUUCAACAUCGUUUCUCGCCUUCGAAUCAUCUCCAGAAACGAUGGGGAACGAAGCCAGCCUCGAGGGAGAGGCCCAGGCGGGCCAGCCCGGCUCCGCUGUCCCGGCUACCGGGGCUUCGGCUUCCAUUUCAGCACCACCGGGCUCUGGACAGCUCAUCAAGCCCAGCAAUGGAGCGCCAGCCGGAGGAACGGGCCCUGGAGCCGGGCCGGGGAUUAACAGCGUCUCCGGCAGACCUCCCCAGACAGACCCCGGGGGGCCCAAGGCGGGGGUCCAGAGUGGGCUGGGGACGGGAGACCGCCUGGCCUCUCACGAGAGCCCCCAGCCCCCCUCCGGCCAGCAUGCGGCUCGCAGGAGCCUGCAGGUGGACGUGGGCAGCAGACGGACGGGCCCCUCCCCCUCCGUGUCGCCUGACCGGGGCAGCGCCCCCACCUCGCCGUACUCCCUGCCCCAGAUCGCACCCAUGCCCACCAGCAGCAAGCUGUGCCCAGUGUGUAAGACCACCGACCUCAUGGGCACCACCGACGACCAGCCAAACUGCAACACCUGCACGCAGUGUCGCAGCAUGGUGUGCAGCCAGUGUGGCUUCAACCCCAACCCACACCUCACAGAGGUGCAGGAGUGGCUGUGUCUGAACUGCCAGAUGCAGCGAGCCCUGGGGAUGGACAUGACCACGCCACGCUCCAAGAGCCAGCAGCAGAUCCACUCUCCCUCCCACCAAGCCAAACCAGAGUCCCAGACGCAGGUCCCUUCCCCCCAGCCACAGCCCGAAACCCAGCCCCCGGCUCUGACACAGGCCCAGCCACCACCGGGCCCCGGCAGACAGACAGGAACCUCAGGUCCUGGGCAGGGCCAGGGAGCGGCUCAAGGCCAAGGGCAGCAGAGGGCUCCAGGGGGUCCAGGGGGCCUGGGGCCCGGCCUUGCCCGGCUUCCCCCAGGAGCGGUCCCCCUCCCGGGCAUGGCCAAGGCCCCGUCCCAGCCUGACCUGUCCCGGGGCCCCGUCCAGCCGGCCCAGCAGCAGCGGCAGGACCAGACCCGCAGCGCUGGCAGCUCCCCCUCCCGCCACCCCCCUCCCCCGGAGCAGCCCUUCGGGAAGCUGUUUGGCUUUGGGGCCUCCCUCCUCAAUCAGGCCAGCACGCUCAUCUCAGACAGCCCCCUGCAGGCCCAGCAAGCCCAGCCCCAGGGCCCCCAGGGCCCCCAGCCCCAGGGCCCCCAGGCCCCCCAGCCCCAGGGCCCCCAGGCCCCCCAGCCCCAGGCCCCCAAACCUGCUCCCAAACCUGGGGGAGCUCCUCCAGGGCAGGGCCGAGGUGCGGGGAGACCCCCAGGGUCCUCGGGGCCCCAGGGAGGGCACCCUCAGGUGGGGCCUCCCCAGGCGGGGCACCCCCAGACGGGGCCUCCCCAGACGGGGCCUUCCCAGGGCCAGCAUACCUGCCAGGACCCGUCAGGACCCAAGUCCAGCUGCCCGCUGUGUAAGACUGGCCUCAAUGUGGGAGUCUCGUCUGAGCCGCCCAAUUACAACACUUGCACACAGUGCCACACUCAGGUGUGCAACCUGUGUGGAUUCAACCCUACUCCCCAUCUCGUGGAGAAGAAAGAAUGGCUCUGUCUCAACUGCCAGACCCAGAGAGCGUUGUCUGGGAGCCUGGGUGAUGCCACACCCCCUGUUCCUCAGCCAAUGGGAUCCCCACGCCACCCCGCUCCAGCCAAUCAACAAUCACCUCAGCAGAGGGGGCCCAAUCAGCAAGCAGGGCUUAGGCCCACAGGCCCCCAACAGCAACAGAAACCUUCAGGUGCCCAAGUAAGUGGCCCUCCCUCCCCAGCCAAACAGCCAGGGGACUGCCCCCAAGCCACAGGCCCCACCCACCCCUCUCCUCAGCCCAAGGGCCCCACCCACCCCUCUCCUCAGCCCAAGGGCCCCACCCACCCCUCUCCUCAGCCCAAGGGCCCCACCCACCCCUCUCCUCAGCCCAAGGGCCCCACCCACCCCUCUCCUCAGCCCAAGGGCCCCACCCAACCUUCCCCCCAAUCCAAAGGCCCAGCCCAGGCCUUCCCUCAACCUAAGGGCCCCGCCCAGGGUAAAGUCCCUGCCCAGACCAAGGGUCCAGUCCAACCCUCCAGCCAGAACAAGGGCCCUGCCCAGCCCAUCUCUGGUAAGGCAGCUUCCACCCCCGCCAAGGCUGGAACCACCCAGGCCAAGACCACAGCCACCUCUGCUAAGACGGCCACAUCCCAGGUUAAACUCUCCAGUACCAGCCAGAACCGCAAACCCCAGCAGGGCCAGGAGAAGAAUAAAGUCACAACUAAAUCUCAGAAGGAUGCAGAUGUCAAAGCCACACCCAAGAAGGGAGCUCCAGAGGUAACAGCCUCUAAAGAACAGAAGAAGAUGACUGACAACUCCCAGAAGUCAAGACACCAUGAAGACUCGAACAAGUCCAGCACUCAGAGCCUGAGCGAUACCGGCUACUCCUCCGAUGGGAUCUCCAGCUCCCAGGGUGAGAUCACCGGACAGAUCCGUGAAGAAGGGAUGAAGCUGAACGAGAAAGGAGCCUCCAGCCCCUCCGAGAUCACCAAGUUGGAGAGCUCUAUGCGUCCUCUCCUCGAAUCCAAGACCACUUCGGACCGGCACAGGGAGGAGAGGCCUCACUCACUGUCCAUUGGAGAUGGCCGGGAUUACAACUCUGACGAGGAGGCAGCCAGGGACGAGUCGUCGGACGAGCUCAGCUGCAAGCUCCGCCACGACUACGUGGAAGACAGCAGUGAGAGCGGCCUCUCGCCUCUCCCAUCCAGGCAGAAGAAGUCACACAAGGAGCUGACGGACGAGGAGUUUAUGAGGAGACAGAUCAUGGAAAUGAGUGCGGACGAGGACGAGCUGGAAGGGCUGGAAGGGGGGGAAGGGGUGGAAGGGUUUGCGCACCAGAAAACUAAAAAAGGACACAAGCACAGCGGGGAAUUGGCAAAAGAGAAACGACGUCUCACUCACCAUUCCAGUAGCUUUGAGGAGGACACCAAAGGGGGUGAAGGUGCGGACGAUGACGGGAUGAUGGCUUCCCAGGGAGGCCUGCGGCGGUUCAAGACCAUCGAGCUGAACAACACCAACAGCUACAACCGCGAAAUGGAACUCAGCACCGAGCACGAUCUGAGAGAACCAGAGCUGGAGAUGGAGAGUCUGACUGGGUCGCCAGAGGAGAGGUCCAGGGGCGAAUAUUCCUCCACCCUUCCUGCCACCACUCCCAGCUAUACCUCCGGAACGUCUCCCACAUCUGUGUCAUCCAUGGAAGAUGACAGCGACAGCAGCCCCAGCCGCCGGCAGAAGCUGGAGGACGCCAAGCAGCAGAGGAAGGCCCGGCACCGCUCCCACGGUCCCCUGCUGCCAACCAUUGAGGACUCGUCGGAGGAGGACGAGCUGAGGGAGGAGGAGGAGCUACUGAGAGAGCAGGAGCAGAUGAGAGACCUGGAGCAGCAGAGGAUCCGCAGCACUGCCAGGAAGACCAAGCGAGACAAGGAGGAGCUGAGGGCCCAGAGACGCAGAGAGAGAUCCAAGACUCCCCCAAGCAACCUCUCCCCCAUCGAGGACGCCUCCCCCACGGAGGAGCUGAGACAGGCGGCCGAGAUGGAGGAGCUGCACAGGUCGUCCUGCUCUGAGUACUCACCCUCCAUGGAUUCUGAGGCCGAAGGGUUUGAAAUGUUGGGUUCCAAGCUCUACAAGUCAGGGAGUGAGUACAACUUGCCAACCUUCACGUCAAUCUACUCCCCGACAGAACGACCCACAGCCACCUCCCCAUCAGACAAGACGCUGAAAAGUGCAGAGGAGGUUUACGAGGAAAUGAUGAGGAAAGCAGAGAUGAUGCAGAGGCAGCAGCAGACACACCCAAGACAGCCAUCCGGGGCUACACAGCCGGCUGGGAAUCACCUCGAAACAGGAACAGUUUUAACCCCUGGUUCCAGCCCCACUCAAACAGCUGCUCCUGUCUCAUUCUCUGGAAGUGACUCAAGAAUCCCCGGGAUUCGUGUAACUCAGCAUCUAUCAAAAGAAACCCAAGACAGGAUGAGGACCCAGACUGCCAAAAUAGGAGGUGUCAUUCCCCCUUCUACCACGAUAGCAUCGUAUGGGGUGUAUAGCGCAGCCACAACUUCCCCCACCCAUGUAACUACAAGCCAGUCCCAGGCGCAGUCACGGCCGGCUGUGAGCGUGGCAGCUCAGGGUGUUCCCCAGGACCCCGGAGCGUCCUCACUCACAUCCAAAGUCUUCUCUUACUUCAAAGGCCCCAGCCCACCAGUUUCCCCCUCAGCCUCCCCCACACAAAGCCCCACUCACGCCCAGUCCCCCAGGCCCACUAGUGCGAGGGGCCAAGCGCUGUCUUCCCAAGGCAGCGCCGGUAGCCUAACCUCCCCCAUAACACCCCACGGAGUCCCUCAGAGGGCAGUGUCACCCCGCCUGGCACGGCAGCAGUCCUCCCAAGAUUCACCAGUGAUGGUGAUAACCCUGGGGUCUGAAACCACCUCUCCUGCCAAGCCCCUGACUGUGAACUCCUCAACAUCUCCUCUGUCCUCACCAACACAGGUGAUCCGCCAGCCCUUAUAUUGUGCCCAGACCCCCUCAACAAGCUCGCCGACGUCCCCGCAGAAAUCACAGCAAUCGCCUCAACAUGCCUUGCAGAGGGUCCAAACGGCAGAGAGGGUGAAUGUCGGUAUGAGCACAGUGACCACCACAACCACAUACAGUCGUGGCUCCAUGUCUAUGGAAAAUAUUUCUUUGUGCAGGAUCUCCAAUGUCCCUGGCACAUCAAGGGUUGUAGAACAGAGCCAAAUGCACCCUAGCGGGAAUGUGGUGGACCUGAGAGCCCCGUUGAAGCCUACCCCAAUCAUCAUGACAGAUCAGGGCAUGGAUCUAACAUCUCUAGCGACUGACACAAGGAGGUACUCCUUCGGGUCGGAGCAGACCUCCAGUAGACACACAGCUGUGCAGCCUCUCAUCAUGAACCUGAAUGCACAAGAGCAGCCACAUGUGGCCGUAUCAACCCCGACAACAGUGAGUGUCACAGUCGCAGCCUCAAUGUUCAUAUCCCAGCCCAAGCAGCCGGUGGUCUACGGGGAUCCUCUCCAAAACCGCAUGGAUCUUGGGCAAGGAGUGGGAGCAGCUGUGUGUUUGACCCAAACAAAACCUCCGGUCACAGAUCCGUCCAUUCCCAAAAUCGAUGCAUGCCUGGAGGACCUUGGCAUCCAGCAGCAACAGCUGCAGCUGCAACAGCAGAAGCUUCUACAGCAGCAGCAGCUUUUGGAGCAGCAGCUCCAGCAGCACCAACAAUCAUCCUUUGCUCGUUACAAUCUGGCCAACCAAGUCCAGCCGUUGUUGUUGAAGAAAGACCUUAUAGUGAGUCAGACGAGCUCUGGCACUACCCAACCUGUAGUAAGUGUCAGUGCCAUUCCUAGAAUAUCUCCCCUCCCUCCACAACCUGCUGCAGGACCUACUCCAAACACCAGUACACAUGACAUCUAUGGAGGGGUGGCUUUAGAGUUAAAGAACAAGCCCACGGUGAUGAACCUGUCCACAGGCAAGCCCCAUGUUAUGAUGGUGCAGCUGGAUGAAAGCAGCUCGUCACAAGGGGCCACAGUGUCUCAGCUGGUGAAACGAGAUGAGCCUCUACCUCCUCCUCCACCCCAAGUAUUGGAUCUCACCGGGCCAAUCAAACCUGAGAACCAAGUGGCUUGUUGCGACGUUGUGUACAAACUCCCCUUUGGCGGUAGCUGUGCUGGGUCCACAACAGCAACACCCGACAAGAACCCAACCACUGAUCCUUCCCAAGUGUCCCGCCCUGCCCCUGCUCUGCAUUACACCGGCCAGCAACAGCAACAACAGGCUGGACAACCUGGAACAGAUGGUUACCAGGUAGCAGGCAUGCCAGGGAUGCCAGAAGAACGAAAAUCGUUCACCUUACCUCAUCCAGAAAGGAUUAAACCUUCCUUGUCUGACAACAAACUAACAGAUGCAACUCUUCAGUACUAUCAGAGGACCGAUCCAGGGGACUUGGCCGUGGAUCUGAGCACCAUGAAUCAGGCCUAUCAAGGUGGGUAUCUUGGCAUGGGUGCACAGUAUGGAUCCUACACUGACCUGCGCCAGACAGGUGAUGUGGCAGGCCCUCCGCUCCCCUUGAGGAGAUAUGGCUCCAUGUCCAACAUCAACGCAGAGUACGGCUACGGUCCUCGUGAGCUUGCAGGUGUACAGGACUCCAGCUUGGCCCAGUACAGUGCCACAACUGCAAGAGAGAUCAGCCGGAUGUGUGCAGCUCUCAACUCAAUGGACCAGUUUGGGAACCGGUAUGCUAACAGCCCUGAACUGAUGCAGUUUGGUGCAGGACGAGGUGCAGGACCUGCAGGAAGGCUACAUCUACAGCAAAGCUUAGCAUCAAUAAGAGCCAGCCUACUGUAUGGCCCAGAUGGAAGACCCACAUCACACAACCAUGCCCUAACCAAUCUGAUAAAUGCCAGACAAGCAAGUAUACGGGCCUUAUACCCCACCGCUAUAAGAGGAGCUGACGGAAUGAUGUACUCAACCAUCAACACCCCUAUAGCCUCUACCUUGCCAAUUACCACCCAGCCUUCCUCUGUUCUGCACCCCAUGCCAAGGGGAAUAUACCGGCCUUAUCCUGCAGGUGUGACUGCUGUACCACUGGCCAGCCUCACCAGGUUGCCUCAAGUGACCCCAAGGAUGCCUCUGUCCACACAGGGACCCUACCGGUACCCUUCUUCCACUAACCAAUUUCCCACAGUAGCCUUCGGGCCUGACAGUGUCCCUGACGCUAGCACCUCCAGUCAGGAGGCUCCAGUAUACCUAGGGAAGCCUUCAGCAACCGUAGCGGCGCACACCUCUGCAACCUUUCCGCCAGCGCAGCCCGUUACUCAACUGGGCACACUAAAUGUACCAGUGGCUGGUGUCCGCACUACUGCAAUGCCAAUUCAAUCCACAGGAGUUCCUGCAAACAGUGAGAUACAUAAGUCUCCCUUAGUCCCUCAGGCCCAAUCUCAAAUUCAAACUCAAAUGACUCAGCAGAUGCAAGCGCAGAUGCAGUCCCAGAUGCAAGCGCAGAUACAGUCCCAGAUACAAGCGCAGAUACAGUCCCAGAUGCAAGCGCAGAUACAGUCCCAACAGCAAACUCAACAGCUACCAGUUCAAACUCAAGCUCUAUCCUUGACUCAAUCUCAGCCUCAACCAAUAACUCAACCACAACCCCAAGCUCCAACCCAGCCCCAAGCUCUGGCCCAGCCCCAAGCUCUGGCCCAGCCCCAAGCUCCGGCCCAGCCCCAAGCUCUGGUACAGCCCCAGUCCCAGCCCCAAUCUACUUCCCAAGGUGCUCCUCUAACGGCAGCCAGCACCACCAUUGCUGCUCCUGUCGACCCGGAGAAGGAGAAGGAAGAGGAGCGCUUGCGACAGCAGCAGGAGCAGAUGCUGCAGCUGGAGCGAGAGCGCGUGGAGCUGGAAAAGCUCCGCCAGCUGCGCCUGCACGAGGAGCUGGAGAGAGACCGCAUGGAGCUGCAGCGGCACAGGGAGAAAGAACAGCUGAUCGUGCAGCGCGAGAUCCAGGAGCUCCAGACCAUCAAGCAGCAAGUCCUCCAGCAGCAGCAGGCAGAGAGGGAAACACAGCUUGUCAUGCAGAGAGAACAGCUGGCCCAGCAGAGGAUGCAGCUCGACCAGAUCCAGUCCCUGCAGCAUCAGCUGCAGCAGCAGCUCGAGGAGCAGAAGAGACAGAAGACCGCAGUGGUGGAGGCAGCAACGGUGGCCGCUGCAGCAGAAGCGGCUGCAGCUUCUGCAGCCGCUGCAGCUGCAGCAACAGCAACAGCAACAGCAACAGCAACAACGGGCCAAGGAGCCAUACAGGGGAUGGUGGUCGGGGGGGGAGCGACUCCUCAAGGUUUCAUUAUCUGUGACCAGAGCGGUCGAGUGAUCCAGCAAGACGGUCAGAGUGUCCAGUUCUGGCAGGAUGGCCAGGUGGUCCAGGCUGUUGUGGCUGCGAGGCCCAUUUCCAGCUCCGCCUCUGAGAUGUCCUUGAGGAGCGACGAUCAGUCAGAAUCCAGGGUCAUGAAGAAGCAGAACUCAAUGCCUCGGCUGAGAGACGGCCCAGAGGAGGAGCCAGUGAGGAGGAUUACAGACAGUUGUGUUCAAACAGACGAUGAGGACGGCGAGGACAGGUACAUGAGCCGGCGCAGGCGUACCAGACGCAUAGCUGACUGCAGCGUCCAGACAGACGACGAGGACCAGGCGGAGUGGGAGCAGCCAGUAAGACGCCGGCGUUCCCGCCCUGCCAAACACUCUGACUCCAGCGCAGAGAACAAACCGGAUGGUUCCUCCAAAGUGUCCUCCUCUAGCAUUGCCAUUCAGACCACCAAUGACUCCUCUUGCCAAACUGAACCAGACCAGCUAGGCCGGGUCUCCCCUGCAAUCCACAUCACCAUGGCUGAAACCAACAAGGUGGAGCUGCUCCACUACAUCUCAGCUCCGGAGAGGACCCAGAGAGGAGAGAGCCUGGCCUGCCAGACCGACCCAGAGGCCCAGUCUCAGGGCGUUGUGGCCCCUCAGCUGAGCGUGCCCACCACCAUCAGCCCAUACUCCACCAGUCUACAAAUGGUGGGCGCUUCUCCAACUGAUCCGGCCUCCACGCGUCUCCAGGGGGUUGCCAAGUUCGAGAGACGGAAGCCAGACCCCCUGGACAUCGGUUACCAGCAGAAUGAGUCUCCGUCCCGCCAGCCUCCCAAGUCUCCGCAGGUGCUGUACUCUCCCGUCUCCCCGCUGUCUCCGCACCGCAUGCUGGAGACCACGUUCGCCUCCCAGGAGAAGCUCAACAAGGCCCACGUCACGCCCCAGCAGAAGGCCUUCACUGCUGAGUCGCCCCAGCGCCACCAGACCCUCCCCAGGCCCAUCAAGAGUGUCCAGCGCUCCAUGUCGGACCCCAAGCCCCUCAGCCCCACCUCGGAGGACUCAGCAAAGAACAGGUUUUCCCCAUACCAUCAGCAGGCGCUCUCCAACACUCAGAUGGCCUCCCUGCAGCAGCAGCAGAACUCUCUGAUGAGGAAGGUGAAGAGGACCCUGCCCAGCCCCCCUCCAGAGGAGAUCCCCCUCCCCAUCGUCACCCCGGCCAUGUCCCACAUGUACGGCUCCCAAGGGAUGCCACAGAGAGCGAUGCCUCGCCCCAACCAGGGCGUCACCAAGGCGGGGCUGCUCAGCGAGCUGAAGGCCGUAGAGCAGGAGUCCACAAAGCUGCGCAAGCAGCAGGCCGAGCUUGAGGAGGAGGAGAAGGAGAUCGACGCCAAGCUGCGCUACCUGGAGCUAGGCAUCACCCAGAGGAAGGAGACACUGGUGAAGGAGAGAGAGAGGAGGGAGCUGGCGUAUUUGCGCUGCAUGGGGGACCCCAGGGACUACAUGUCGGACACCGAGCUCAACAACCUGAGGAUGGUGGCCGCCUCGGGGACGUUCGACGGGAACGGUCACCUGACCAGGCCGAGCACGGCGCCACUCAGCCAGUUCACCAACGACCUCAGCACCUCCCAGUAUCCCUCCACCUCCUCUUACAUGUCCUAUCCCUACCCCCAAAGUCAGCCCACUCCCACCCCCCAGCCAACAGCGGCCUACCAGCAGAUAGGCUUCCAGCCCCCUCAGUACCCCACAGCCUCCCAGCCCCAGCCCGGCACCUUCCAGCCCCACCCCCCGGGUUACCCCACCCAGGGAGGCUUCUCCCAUGGCUACGGACAGUCAUCCUACCAGACAGACCUGGGCCUGCAGCAGCACGGACACCCUGUUCCUCCCCUGCCAGGCCAGACUCUGCCCUACCCAGGCCACAGCUCCUACCAGCCCGGCCCAGGCCUGGCCUUUCAGCCCCAGGCAGAGAUCCUCAGCGUGCACCAGAGGCCCAGGCAGACGUCCCUGGCUGAUCUGGAGCAGAAGCUGCCCACCAACUACGAGGUCAUCAGCAAUCCCUCGGUAUCCAUAGCGACGUCGGCUCCAGACACAGGCUACGGCUCCAUCUACUCCUCCACUUCCGUGCCCAACGCCUACACCCAGUAUCGGCCCCCUGAGGUGGGGUUGACCCACUCAGUGGACAGCCCCACCUCUGCCUACGCCGCAGAUGCUCUCUACACCUCCAACCUGGAGCAGAACAUCCCCAGGAACUACGUCAUGAUCGAUGACAUCAGCGAGCUGACCAAGGAGAGCGGAGGGCAGCCCACGGAUGCCCUGGGCCAUCCAGUGGGACGCUAUGCGAGCGAGAACGGUCCCGCCCGCGGGGGAGUUUACGGGGAGGAGACCGUGGAUGCCUACGGGAGGCCCACAGGCAUCGCAGGCUAUCACCAGCAGGGGCCGGUGGACAGCCGAACCAGUGCCACCGUGAGCGGUGGGUCUUCUUAUUAUUACGACGACUACAACAAACACCCGGGAACGCGUGCCGGCUCCGGGACCCAGAAGCACCCGUCAAAAAACCUGGCUCCAGCUGUGGUCUCCUCAUCCAAGCGCAGCAAGCACCGCAAGCAGGGCAUGGAGCAGAAGAUCUCCAAGUUCUCCCCCAUCGAGGAGGCCCGUGACGUGGAGUCCGACCUGGCGUCCUACACCAUGACCACCUCCACCGGGGGCAGCUGCACUGUGGUGUCUCGCUCCAAGAAGAUGCAGGACGACAUCACGUACGGCAUGAAGAAGAAUGUGUACGACCAGCAGAAGUACUACGGCUCCAGCAGGGAAGUUCUGGAGGAGGAGGAGAGGACAUACGGCUCAGGCAGAUCCAGGUCCACAGGGUACGGCAUGGACAAGAUCUCAUCCCGGGACGCCCCAGGCUACAGGAGCAAGUCGUAUGAGAGGGAUGCCAUGGAGCGGCCCCAGAGAGGGAGCCACGCCCGCGGGAGCCGUCCGGCCAUCAGGACCCAAAACUCGGAGGAGGAGAGCCCGCUCAGCCCGGUGGGGAAGCCUGUGGGGAUUGGACGAGGGUCCGGGGUCCCUGACCCCAACGAUGUGAGGAACCAGUACGGCUCAAGCCACUCGCUGCCGGACGUCCAGGAUCAUCACAUGAAGGACCUGCCCAGGAGUCAUGUCUACAAGCCAGACGACCCUUACCUGGUCGACGACAUGCACUGCGCUGUUUCAGACAGCGAAGCCUAUCACCUGGGCCAGGAGGAGACAGACUGGUUCGAGAAGCCAAGAGAGGCUCGCUCCAGGCACCACGGCGCUGGCAGCCACGCCUCUACGGGUCGGCGUGGCAACGUGAAGCAUACCUACCAUGACUACGACGAGCCCCCGGAGGAGGAGCCGUGGCCCCAGGACGAGUACGGCCAGCCCCGCCAGCCCUCCUCCCGGGACCACCGGCACCACGGCAGCGCCGGCUCGGGGAGACACUCCUCUCGCCACUCCUCUGAGGACCCCCGGCCCUCGCGGUCCUCCAGGUCGCAUCCCAAAGACCCCUCCGGCCGCUCGGAGGAACGCGGCUCGUCCUCCACCCCCAGGAGGGGGGCCUCGGAGGCUCGCUCCUCCCAGGGCAGCCACCGGGACUCUGGGGAAUUCUCCAGGGACCCGGCCUCAGGACACCACCAUGGCUCCAGUAGUCGGGGCCAGAGGCAGCCAGGUUCCUCCUCCAGGAGACAAGAUCCUGCUGCAGGACCAAAGCAGCAGCAAACCCAGGGUCAGGGCCAGGGUCAGGGUCAGGGUCAAGUCCAGGGUCAGGGUCAGGGCCAGGGCCAGGGUCAGGGUCAAGUCCAGGGUCAAGUCCAGGGUCAGGGUCAAGUCCAGGGUCAGGGCCAUGGCCAAGUCCAGGGUCAGGGUCAAGUCCAGGGUCAGGGUCAGGGUCUGGGUCAAGUCCAGGUCCAGGGUCAGGGCCCUGCCGGGCAGCCUCGCCCCGGGGGGCAGCCACAGCAGUCUGGCAGGCAGCCAGGGGCACUGCAGCAGGAGGGAGGUCCACCGAGCCAGAAUGCAGUGCAGGGACCAGGCCAGCCAAGGACCCAGCAACAGACUCACAGCCAACCGGCCCAGAGCGUCGCCCCACCUGGAGGGGCCCAGCCCGCCGCAGGCUCCCCGGGACCGGGAGCAGGUGUGGGGCCAGCCCAGCAGCAGGCCAAGUCUGGCCAGGGUCCGGCCCAGGGCAGACAGCCAGGGGCCCCAGGACCUACUGCAGCUCAACCUGCACCCACGGCCGCCAAAAUGGAGGCGGCUCCGACAUCAGCCCUGGGGGUGGUGAAGCCAGCUGCAGCAGCAGCACAGCCCGCCAAGGCUGCCACACCCCCCCUGACUGGCAUAGGCUCCAAGGCUCCUGUGGGCAUCGGCAGCAGGCCAGCCGGCAUCGGCAGCGCUGCCCCACCAGGACCCCCCCCCGCUGAGGGGGAUAGCGUCCUGGGCAAGAUCCUGCAAGGAGGCGCCGCCGAACAGGCGGGCAAACUGGGAGACGCCGUGUCUGCCCUGGGCAAGAAGUUCACUUCAUUCUGGUGAACUGAAGAGAGGAGGGGAACAAGGAGUUGAAGGGAGGAAGGAAGAUUGGAGUCUUUGUACUGGAAAAACCUAUGAAUCUGUUUCUGGCAUUUUCUACAUUUCACACAACCACAGGGAGGACGGAGGAAGGAGGGGGUGGGUGGGGGGCGAUUCGGAGUGCAUCAGGCCUAAAUCAAAGGAUGCCUCGUCAAUACUGAACUCCCCAGGAAGGAAGGAUUGAUUCAGGAGGGUUGGGCAGGGGUGCCUGCCUUGUCAGCACAGGGGUCCCCAAGCAGAACCUGAAGAUUGAAGAGAGAAAAGGAUCUUCUGAAAGAGGGAUGGAUGGAAGCCUUGUCACAACUGAUGUCCCUCAGGCAUGAGCAGACGAUCACAGAGAGACUUCUGCUUCUCCGUUUUUGCCGGCGAUGAACCAAGGUCUGCCUCAGCAUCUAGAAAGGCAAGGAUGGAAGGAUGGAAGGAGACAGAGAGAGAGCAGACGCCAGCUCAGAGAGAGAGAGAGGGAGAGAGAGGGAGUGAGA